GCUCUCAAGUCUCAACCAACCUAGAAAAGAAAAACAGACUGUCACAACCAACUGCACCGCCCAAAGGCCCGUGACGAGUCGAGAUCACGACAACCACCACGACCACCAACACCAUCACCAUUUUGUCGCAGCGCGCAAUAGCGGCACCGAUCACUACCUGUGGCAUGACUUCAUCUCCGGAAGUUCUCUGCCAGUUCGUCUCGGCCUGGCUAUCUUCCAUCCCGCCUUACGACGCCAACAACGAGGGCAUCGAAACCAAUCCCACCGCAUUAUCCCCUUUGCCCUCCCCCGAGGGCGAGCCGUGCUCCAAAAAACCACGACUCUCAAGCCCACGAAAAAACGACAACCCUAACGCUCCUUGGGCCUCGAAACCUUUUCCAUCGCCCCCCGCCACUACGAUAGCUGCCAUGGACCCCACCCCGCAGUCCCCACGACAGAAGCGCGGCCGAGAUGAGUGCGACGACGACGACGACGACGACGAGAACGGCAAUACCAGCGCCAGUACCAGCGGCAACGACGACGAUCACAACGGCAAUGUUAUUCUUGGGCUGCAACACUCGAACCUGGAUGAGUCCACACCUCGGGCCGAAAGAGCUGGCCAUGCCCAGCUUCCCACCCCUGUACCUCUCCACCUGGCUCAGAUUACGUCGUUGGCAGGCACACCCACGCCUUCCAUUUCCUCUCAUGCGCCGUCCCUGGCAUCCCGAACGUCAUCUCCAACCAAGCAAAUGCGUUUUGCCUCACUAGAUGUGACGGGGUACUUGAUCAAGAGCUUUUCUACUGAUGGGGAUACCAUGCCCCCUUCUCUGGCCCAAGUGCAUCUCCAUCUCACCGAUAUCCAGGAGAAGGUGGCCAUCAUUCCCGACUACCUGAAAGACGAACUCGGACGCUAUCGAAUCCGCCCUUUCUCCUUUUACGACCAUGAUGCCCAUCCUACAAGGCAACGGUGGCAGUUUCCAAGUGUCGCCUUUGUCAGAAAAACCAUGAGCCGCGCCAUAGAGUGUGCUGUUGCUAGAGAACUGGAGAGCUCCUGGAAUCAAGACGUACACCGACCCCUCCUGGACUACGUCUUCCGCCCAGAUAGGCCUUGUUCACUUGACUUCCGCUACUGCAACGCAGCCUCCAUAAUCCCCCGAUUCCGACCCAAGACUGUUCCGUCCAAGAUGGUGGACUACUGCGUGCACGUCGUUCCGACCUGUGAAGAGAAGGCUCGAAUCGACCAACUGUGCAUGUCUCGGCCCGCGGCCUCCAUCAAUCACACGGACUGGGGUAACCUCAGCGGCGAUCCAAUCGCCUUGUCCAUCGAAACUAAGCGCGAUGGUGAGGGAUUAGAACAGGCCCUCUCCCAGAUUGGGACCUGGCACGCCUGCCAGUGGCGCAGCCUUUUGCACGAGAAGCAGUACGCUUCUUCCGGCAUCGAAUUCUUGCCAGCCCUCAUCGCACAGGGCCACACGUGGUACUUUGUUGCCACGACACGUCAGGAUUCCGGUCAGGCAUGGCUUUACACCAAGAUGGAGGUAGGGACCACCGAGACUCUCAUCGGGACUUACCAGAUCCUCGUGGCGUUGCAGUAUUUGAAAUGCUGGAUCGAGGAUGUUUAUUGGCCCGCAUUUCGAGCAUACAUGCUGGCCCUGUUAUGAAUACGUAAACCUUGCAGUGGACUUGCAGCCGGUGAACGCAGCUAUGAUGCAGUGUGUCUAUCACCUAGACCUAAUUAAUGGCUGAGCGCCCCCCCCCUUGUUACUGCAGCAGGCGCAGCUUGCUGACCAAAAUCGCUGCGCCAUUACGCCCCCAGACACCAUCAUUGGAAGAACAGAGACGCAUUGUCAUCAGAAGACAAAUUAAGUUCAAUGUUUCUAAUUGACACAGCCUUUCUGGCAGCCUGUUACAGGCUGACAGGUGUGAUGGGCUGCGUGACAGCCGGGUUGAAGGCUACGGCAGUGCAGUGUGGCUUCGCGUGACGCUGGGCUGAUAGCCAGCGUAAGGGCUGCUGACUUACACGUCUGUUGCGUGUAAGGAAGCAGGAUACAAGGGAAGCAAAACAAAGUAAAGGGCAAAGGCAAAAGGCAGGCGUAAUCAAAUAAGUCUCUCCAUAGUUGAACCUUAGGGAAGAUUCGCUGUGUGAGACUAUUUACUCUAUAUCCAAGUGGAUCUACAUUUGAUAGCAGUUGAUGACUGCUGUUCACACUAUUGGCGUGUGACAUCUAGUUUAGAAUAGACUUCAAUUUAUCAUAAUGUGAUGAGCACCC